GCUCAGGUGUGCCCGGCCCUGCCCUCGGCCCGGGAUGCGCGGAGCGUCCGGAGAGCGAAAGCGAUGGAGCCGCUGGAGACCAACAGCAGCUGCGGCAACGGGUCUCUGAUCACCCUCUCAUGCCUUUCCCACCGGGUCGUGUGCCAAGUGAUCAGCGAGGACAAUGGGACUUCGGAUAAUUCCUGGAUAACUCGGCUGGAAAGCAAUUAUGGAUUCUACAUUGGCCUGGGCUUGGCUGUCUUCUCCAGCUUCCUCAUYGGGAGCAGCGUCAUCCUCAAGAAAAAGGGGCUGCUACGGCUGGUGGAGARGGGAGGCACCAGGGCAGGAGACGGAGGCCACGGCUACCUGAAGGACUGGCUCUGGUGGGCUGGMCUGUUAACCAUGGGUGGAGGGGAAGCUGCCAACUUCGCUGCCUAUGCCUUUGCUCCUGCAACUAUUGUCACACCUCUGGGGGCUCUGAGCGUGCUCAUAAGUGCCAUUCUGUCCUCGUAUCUGCUCGGAGAACGGCUCAACCUGCUGGGGAAGCUGGGCUGCCUGCUGAGCCUGGUGGGCAGCACGGUGAUGGUGAUCCACGCCCCGGAGGACGAGGAGGUCACCACCCUGGAGGAGAUGACUUCYAAGCUGAAGGAGCCAGGUUUCCUGGCUUAUGCUGCCAUCCUSCUGGCUCUCUGCUUCCUCCUCAUCCUCUACCUCGCGCCCCGUUACGGCCGGAACAACAUCCUCGUCUACCUCACCAUCUGCUCCGUUAUCGGCGCCUUCUCCGUGUCCUCGGUCAAGGGUUUGGGAAUCGCCAUCAAGGGCUUCUUUUCUGGCCAGCCUGUGCUGCAGAACCCUCUGACAUGGAUCCUGGUCCUCACGCUGGUGGCCUCCAUCACCACKCAGAUCAACUACCUCAACAAAUCUCUGGACAUUUUCAACACCUCGCUGGUGUUCCCCAUCUACUACGUGCUGUUCACCACCAUCGUCAUCACCACUUCCAUCAUCCUCUUCAAGGAGUGGGUCACCAUGACCGUGGUUGACAUCAUUGGGACAGUUUGUGGCUUCCUCACCAUCAUUUUGGGGGUGUUUUUACUCCACGCUUUCAAAGACAUGGAUGUCAGUUUAGGGAAUCUGCCCCAAGUCCUUCAGAACGAGCAGCCAGCGCCGGUCACCAGAGAUGACAAAAACAUCCUGAUAGAGGUGGACAACUCCAGCAUCGCCCCAGAGGAGAAACCCAAAACACAUGCAUGAGCUCUAAAAUACACACCAGUGUCUCAAGAGGAGCUGAGAGACAAGGAUGGAACGGUGCACUCCUGCUAUUCACUCUGCUCAUCYGUGUUUCAUCACUUGCUCUGCAAAUAAUGGGACAAGAAUAUUGAUAAAUAUGGCCAAAAAAUGGUGAAUUUUGCAACAGCCACUCACUCGGGCUCAGUGGCACGACUCAAGCCAUGAAGUGUUCUUACAGAGAAAUCUUUUCCAGCUUUUUGUCAGGUGCAGGAGUUUCCCUGAAGCACAGAGUUAAUUAUUUUUAUGGGAGUUUUAUUUGUUUGGGGUUUUUUUUCCCCUAGCAGCUCUGGUGCCCAGGCCUUGGUGAAGCUUCUGGGGCUGCUCCAGACCCCACCUGAGGAAGGGCAAACCCCAUGUCAGGAGAAACUCUGCCACCAUCUCCAAAACUUCUGAAAAUUUUUUCAGUCUGAAAGACCAAGUGGCUGUAAACAUUAAAUAUUUUUUUGCUCAGGACAUAUCUUGACCUUGGCAAGCUCUCUCCAAUUCUUUGAGCUCCAUCAGGUGUCCUGCUGCCAUCUGAGAUGCUCACCUGGUUAAACCUGUGUCUGAGUAAAUACAAUAUGGGGCUGUGGGAGAGAGGACUAUGCAAUCUCUAGUUUUAAUAACAUUUCACUACUGGUUUUUGGAAUGUGGAAAGGGAAAUAAAGUUUUUUUUCAAAAAAAAAGUUUCAGGUGGAUCUGAAAUUUUUUUUUGAUGAUUUUUAAUGAUUUCUCUGCUCUCACUGGUGUAGCCCUAAAGGAUAAAGAAGCUGAGGGAGAGCUGAGUACAAGAGAGAGCAGCUGGAGCAGAGUGAAAYGGCAGCGACCUCCUUUGGUGGCAGAAAAUAAU